AUGGCGGACAAACGACGCAGGAAGAGCCUCAGCAUAUUCAAGCAAAAGACGGAUCAUGGAAUGCCACCUUUAUACAUCUCACCCAGCGCUGCAGAGAAAAAGUCUGCAGACUAUCCGCCGAGUCCUGUUGAGUCGGAGCAUUCAAGUCCCAAGGCUCGACCUAGGACCCUACAGAAAAACCGUAAUUCGGUCUUCGGCUCUUUACGAUCGCUACACUCACUCGACGAGUCAGAGAAGGCCUUUCUGACAAGAUCCGACUCUAAGGCGUCUUCUCUCCAUGAUGAAGUCGAGAUUCAGAUAAAGGGACUGUUAGGUGAGAAGGUUCUGCAAUAUGGUGAAGUGCAGGCUGCUGGCACAAAUGUUUUUCGGAAGAAGAUACAGUUCAUGGUGCUCACCGAGUCACACUUGAUACGCUUCCGCAGUCAAGCUAAAGCCAUUGAAAUGUUUCCGACCAUUUCCAAUAGCCUGAACAGAGGUCAUAAUCGGCGAUCAUCCUCUGUGGGUUCCACACCAGAGCUUCAAAUGUCAGCGUAUACAGAUAUUACUUCUGGCGUGCCCCUGAACCAGGUUAUUGCUAUAUACAGUACGGAUGAUGGCCGUCCUUUUCUCACAGUGGAAGUUGCAUACCUUGAUGAGCGGACAAGAAGAGCGUCUAUGAUGCAGCUCCAGGUCAACGAUCUCCGAGAAGCUAAUCUAUGGGUUUCGGCAAUCCGUUCUGCCACUCUUCAGGCCGCUCCGCCGUUGUCGAAACAAGUUCAAGAUACGACAUUGGAGCAUCUGGCCCGUGCCAUCGAGCGUGAACGGGAUUAUGAUCCCGAUCAUUUUCAUGUUUUCAAGGUGGUCCAACGCUCGUUCAACAGGUCCGUAGGCCGAGCCUCUGCUGAGGAUUUGACCAGGCUUGGUUCUGCAAUCUCGUAUCUGGUUCUGGGGCUCCAUAAAGUCCACCUCGUGCCGCUGUAUCGGUCUUCGACGAGAUCCUCAAGCGCGUCUCUGAACGAAGUGGAUAACGUAACCUCGUUCGCUAUCGUGAACCUGGCUAUGGUAUCAGUGCAGGCGCAUGAAGAUGCCUUUCAGCUACUGUUCAAACCACCAACAGGGCAACCAAACAAUCUUCGUCUGGCGUCAAGCGCUGCAGGGGAGAUCGCACUUCGCUUACGAUUCGCCUCCGAAUACCUUCGACCGCAAUGGCUCAGGCAGCCGUUCCUAUUUGAGAUUCCAGCCGAUCUUGAUGAUCAAUUAGAUCCCCCUAAUUUUCCUAACGAAGAUCACGAUUGCUUCGACCGUACACUGAUUGCGUAUUGCGCCGGGUAUGAUGUUAACACGUCCCGAAUUUGUUAUUCUGUGGACUACGACUGUGAAGAUGCGCCUCGUUUUCAGCUCUUGGCUCCAUCGACAGGCACCUCUUAUUCGGCGCUCGAGUUGCUAGCGGUGCUUCGAGCGCUGCGAUACAAUGAGUCCUUCUCGUCGAUCUCCUUCACCCAUAUCGACCUCGACCCUCUUCGAAAUUUGUACGACACUUUUGGGGGGGACUUGGACAGUCUUUUCACCCGAUCCGGGAAUCCCACCAAUUUGGCAGGUCAUCAAGACCUCCCCGUGAUUUGUCAAGAGGUACGAGCUCUAGCUCUAAAGAGCCGGCGCCUAAGACGGUUGGACUUUUCCUAUACCAUGCCACCUAGGCCGAUCGCAGAUCAUGAGCCACUUCCGGAGUGUUUCAUCAUGGAAGCACUUGCCCCGUUGUGCAAACGAUCACUCACCAACGUCGACUGGAUAGUGCUCACGGGAGUACGCCUUACCGAAACAGACCUAAACUUUUUGGUCGACGCUGCAAUAGAGAGGCGGUGCCAUUUCCGUGCGCUGGAGAUUGGUGAGUGCGGCCUAUCUGUUCACGAUAUCGACGUGCUUCUAUCUGCGUUGGCCGUGCAAGAGAGCACAAUGGAAGUCAUUGAUAUCUCGGGGGCGCAAGGCCGUUUCAGCCCCGAAGUAUUUCAGCGUGAAAUUGGUGCAUUCAGUCAUAUUCGACGUUUGAACCUCACCCGGGUGCAGAAAACGGCAGGACCUGAGCCUCUGGUGGCCCCCGAAGCUCUAUACGCCUGGAAAUUGGAAGGCCUCUAUCUAUCACAGACAACGCUGAACGAGCAGACGGUGGACUCGAUCUCGACCUAUCUUGCCACUCCUAAAUCAGACAUUUUACGUGAGUUGCACAUUAACCAGUGUGGUCUGACUGGACGGGACCUGGCCACAUUCUUUCGAUCGAUGACAAGGGACGAUAAUCAGCCACGCAUCAUGCAUGUGAGUGCCAAUGAGAACCGUUUAGAGACGGGAAGUACUGUCCUGUUCAAGACAAUUGCUCAAAGUUAUGGACCUUCGUCCUUGAGUAUGAGAAUGAUGGACUUUGAGAAAGAGAGUCAUUUUCGAGAACUCGUCAGGGCUCUGACUAUCAACGCGUCUCUACGAAGCCUCGACAUAUCACGCGCUUCGCUGCCGUACGAUGCUAGCGUGGAGACCUGUGAGGCGCUGAAGGAGAUGUUCGCCAGGAAUGAAACUUUGGAAGAACUUGAUAUCAGUGGUGAACAUGCUCAUCUGGAUGCGACGAGAUUUGGCAUUGGACUGAACAUUGCUUUAAGGGGAUUGGCCACAAAUAAAACACUCAAGGUGCUACGAAUCGAGUAUCAAAGCUUGGGCUUGCAAGGUGCAAAUACUUUGGCUGAAGUUCUGCAGAGGAAUGACACCCUCGUGGAGAUCCAUUGUGAACAUAACGACAUCAAUUUGCAGAGUUUCACCUCGCUUGUCAAUGCGAUGGAACACAACCACACCUUGCUCUACAUGUCGUCCAUGGACAGUGAUCGGGCCAAAUCCAUUGCCAAUGUUCGACGAGAGAUUGACACGAUGGAACGCGCAGACAGCCCCAGACAAGCCAAAUCUUCGGGCACGCUUAAGAAGACACUCGCCGGAUUUGGCGGCAAGACUCAUCGGCACGGCCACCGUCACAGCAGUUCUCAGUCAUCAAAUACAUCCUUUUCUGAGCAGGAUGUCGCGGCAGCCAUGGCUACGCUGGAAGAAAAAUGGAAUGUCCAGGUCGGCCGACUCCAGAAGUACUUGUUCCGUAAUUAUUGUCGUUCACAGGGAAUCCCCUGGGAGGACGAAGCAGCGGGCGAGCACAGCCAUCAAACCUCAGGUGUGGUAGGAGAUUCAAUGGCCCAGAUAUUGCAAAGUGUGCACUUGGACCAAACGCCUACCAAAGAUAAUCCAUUCACCCAAGACUAUUUCCAUGAAAGAUUUGGAGAACACAAUCGCUCCAUCUUUCAGCUUCCCGAGGACUGA